CGAUUUCUCUGAACUGUGUGGGGCCUCCAGCUGAACGAAACCUUCUUGGGGCCAUGAAGGACAGGAGCCAGACUUAGUUGGCCUCCAGAGAGUUAGCUGGUUGUGGAAGUUUCCAUCAUUAUUCCUUAUCUUUUAUGGAGAAGGUAUUUGGAACAGAAUUUUAAGUGAAUGAAAUUUCAAGGUCCUGUUUUGCCAUGAAAAUAAGUGGCCCUUUCUUCCUUCCUCUUGGGUUUUUUUUGUUUGUUUGUUUGUUUUUGUUUUUGUUUUUGCCUUGCUGGUCCCUCUGAGCUCACCCAGGAUGACAUUUUGAAGACAGGGACACUGAGUUGAGAACUGAUGGAUCUCUUACCUGUGUCAAAUUCUGUAAACACUAGCCAUGGGCUGUUAGGUAGGAAGGUCACUUGUUAGCAUGAGACAUAGGACUGACUUAUGGGUCCCCUGGGUCCCCUUCCAGAGCUCUGGGCACUAUCUUAGUGCAUCAGGCUCAACAGGCUUCUUGGAAAUUUGCAUGCUGUUAUUGUGAAUGCCGUUGUUGCACCGUGUGUGAAAUCUGUCUUGAUCUCCUUCACUUAGCAGAAGAGAAGAGUGGGGCUGGAGUGGGGCCCAAAUGAUCCUCAAGGUCACCUGGUGACUCUGGAGGAAGGGAAUCAUCGUUUUGGGUAAACGAAGUGAGUCCAGAACUGGACAGGGCCCAACAGCAUUCACUCACAGCUCUUUGGCAACUUUCCUCUCGGAAUCUACCCUGUGGUUUAGCUUUCCAACCAGAGUGUCAUCAGAGCCAGAAGAAAGUUUCAGUCACCCGUGGUCCACUGUGGUCCAGAAGCAGAUGGUCCCCAUCUGGACCCAUUGUCAGAAGGUUGGUAGUAGCCCAGCGCGACAUCACACGCCUGCGUCACACACCUCACAUCAUCUCAUCACGUGGGCAUUUCAUCAUCUCACGUCAUCACAAGAAGGAUGGCUUACAUGAAGAUGCGCCUGCUGUACAUUUCCCUGGUGCUCCUGGGAGCCCUCUGUUUGUAUUUUAGCAUGUACAGUCGGACUCCUUUUAAAGAGGAGCCGUUUGUUUUCAAGAAAGAAAGGGGGAACUUCCUCCAGCUUCCAGAUAUCAACUGCAAGCAGGAUCCCCCUUUCCUCGUCCUGCUGGUGACCUCCUCCCAUGAACAGGUGUUUGCUCGCACGGUCAUCCGGAACACGUGGGGGAAAGAAAAGAAUGUGAACGGAAAACGCAUAAAAACCUUCUUCCUUCUGGGGGCCACAGCCAAUAAGGACCUGUCGAAAGUCGUCGCGCAGGAAAGCCAGCAGCAUCGCGACAUUAUCCAGAAGGACUUCAUGGACGCCUACUUCAACCUGACCCUGAAGACCAUGAUGGGUAUCGAGUGGAUCCACCGCUUCUGUCCUCAGGCGGCUUUCGUCAUGAAAACAGACUCGGACAUGUUUGUCAACAUCUACUACCUGACCGAGCUGCUCCUCAGGAAAAACAGAACCACUCGGUUUUUCACCGGCUUCUUGAAACUGAACGAGUUUCCGAUUAGGGACAAGCACAACAAGUGGUUUGUCAGUAAGUACGAGUAUCCGUGGGAGAAGUACCCGCCCUUUUGCUCGGGCACUGGCUACGUGUUUUCCAGCGAUGUGGCGAGUCAGGUGUACGAAGUGUCCGAGAGCGUCCCGUUCAUUAAACUCGAAGACGUCUUCGUGGGGCUCUGCCUGGCGAAACUGAAAAUCAGGCUGGAGGAACUCCACUCGGAGCAGACCUUUUUCCCAAACGGACUGGCCUUUUCCACGUGUCGUUUUAAGAAGAUUGUGGCCUGCCAUUUCGUCAAGCCUCGCAACAUGCUCAGCUAUUGGCAGGCUCUGGAAAAUUCCCUGGAAGACGAGUGUCCAGCUGUCUGAGGGGAGCCCAGCGGCCCACGUGGACACACUUGAGGCAGCCCGCACCGAGAGUGUCGGAAGAUCUUCAGGCGGCAUCGCUGAGGAUCACUGUGCGGGCAGGGGGGGAGUGAGGGGGGAGGAGGGGGAGUCAGGUGAGGGUGAUUCCCUGUAGGGCUGCCUGUCUAGCGGAGUCUGUAAGCCUGAGCGAAACCACUUGGUGCCCAAGCAAUAACAGAUGCCAUCUCUUGAUGCACCUCUGCGCUGAGUGCCUGACGCAUGCCUCCACUUUCCCAUUUCUAGGAUCAGUGUCUCCAUGUCACGGUGGGUGGUAGCAUCCCCCCCUUACACACCAGGCAACAGUAGCUUACAGAAACACAGGGCCUUGUCCCACGUCUCCCAGCCAUCAAAUCCUGGGGCAGGGAUGGAAAUCCAGUGCUGUAGAAACCCAGGCACAGCCCCUGGCUCGAGGCCACCCUUUGGUCCUGCCUCCCUUGGCAGGGAGUGGAGGCCAGGAGGGCUCAGAAGCAGGCCUGAUGGUGGCCCCUUCGGUUCCUUUCAAGAGUCCCGUCCGCUUCAGCUCCCAGGCCUUGCGCUUUCAGGGCGGUCCCUGGGGAAAUCUGCAAGGCUUCACUCACUGCAUUGGACCCAAUCGGGAUGCUGAGUCCCUGUGAGCACUCAGCAUUCAGCUCAAGGCAGAACAAGCCCAUUCCCCACCAUCGCCCCUAAGAAACGGCCACCUUGAGGCAGGAACCGUGGUUAUAGCUUUGGUUUUGAAAUAACUGCAAAGCCUGGCCUGUUGAUCAGACUUCUUGGCCAGCGUCCCCAAGGACACUGUGUGAGCUCACUGAAAGGAACUCUGGUCAAGGGGUGCUGUCUUCCUGAGCCUGCUUCCCAUGCCUGGCCCAAGCUCAUCUUUUUGGAGUUUCUCAGAUGGCCAGGGAAGAACUGAGUUUGUGAAGUGGAGGUUGACCUUCUAUUUCCUUCAGCCCAGAAGUUUGUAGGAGCCUGUUCUGCAUUCAGGCUGUGGAGGCGAGACCUUGCUUGGCAGGGGUCUUCACCCAUCCAGUUGCUGUGGGAUUAGAUGCAAAGUCGCCUUUCUUCUGGUCCUAGGAAUGAUUCAGACUUAUUUUUUACUUUACCUGACUUGACUUUACCAGCACACACAGUGAAGGCCUCACAUGCCUGGAUAACCCACAGAUGCCGGGCCAAGCUCCUACCUGUGCCAAGGAGGAGGUAUUUGCUGCAAAAUGCCUGUGGCCACAUGAACUUCAACAGCAUUUCUCACAUCUGCUGCUUCUCUGCAGAUGUGUUUCCUUAUCCUGGCUGCUCGCACAUGCUGGGCCAUGUUCAGAAAACCUUCCUUCUCAGCUGGGACAGUCAGGGACUGAGCUUACUGUUGGAAGCCCAGAUUUUGCUGGAGCCCUGGUCCUGCAGGAAGGCUGUCCCCUGAUUCGGUAGAUAAUGGUGGUAGGGGGUGUCGAGGGUGAAGGAACUUGUCCGGGAGCAGGGCGGGGUCUAUGCCUAGAUGUCCACCCCUUGUGGGUGGGUGCCCAUGUGGCUACUGGGCUCUGUGGGAGGUGUGGGGGACUCAGGAUCGGGCUUCUCAUCAGCCUGUAAUUCAGUCACAGGGACCAUGUGCACAGGUGUGGGUCUGCCACCUGAGUCGGGUUCUUGGGUCCAACAACUCUAGAAGUGAGGCAGGAUCCAAAAGUCUAAGGCACAGGCAGCAUUCUAUUGGACAAAAGUCCCACCAGUGUUCCCACUCCUGUCUCUUAUGCUAAGGGACGGAAAAGUGCCUUGUCCCAGUUGGUGGAUGUGAGCAGGCAACCCAGCAGCUCACGGUGUUUUUGGAGCUGUGGUCUUUCAGGUUAAUGGUGUCUCCAUUUGUUCCUGCCUCAGCAGGAUAUGGGCCCGGCUUUUGUUUGAAGUCCUGCUGGUUGUGGGUUGGAACCUGGUUCUGCUCUGUGAGAAAGUCAGUUCAGGAAGAACAGCCGACUGGAAGUGUCCCACGUGCAUAAUGUUUUUCAUUAGAGUCUUGUUCCUAUGGUCCCUGACUGCCUUAUGUUCCCCCCAGAGAGGUUUCAUCCCCUGAUGCUUAUGGGGAACAUGGUUGGAGGUCUCAUCUCCUGUGUCUACAUCCUGCCGAUCAAGGACGUAGAUGCUACCUCUCAUUGGAGGUCAUGGCAAUGUCUCGCCUUCUGAUUUAACUCUGCUGUGGAAACGUGGUCCCCAGCGGAUAUGGGCUGAAUCCCUGUGUGAGCAUCAGCUGGAUCUGGGGCUGUUGUCAUCCCGAGGACACAAAGUUGACAAGUAAAUUAAAGAAACAUGGUCCAAAUAGGAAGAGCAGUGAAAUGGCUACUAAGGUCAUGAGGAAAGGCAAGAACCAGGUAACACUUGGCAGGUACCCCUUGAUGGAGUCCCAGAUGGUUUGAAUGUGGGGGUCUUAAAAUGAUGGAGCCAGGAGGCCUUUUGGAGGAUGAUGUCAUCCCUUUGUUCUCUUCUCCAGAAACAUGAAUGUAGAAACAAUAAGAUGGGUUUGCAAUAGUACAUACUUGCCCUGGUCCAGCCAGUGAGAGUCUAAGGCUAACUGGUGAUCUAAAACCAUGGAAGCCAGAGUCUCAUGAUCUUAGAUAAGCUCAAACUCCUGUCCGGUUUCAGUCCCAACUGUGGAUACAGGGGCUGUGACAUUUUGUGUGGCAGCAUCAUUGUACAUUAUUCUCCUGCCUGAUCCUAUCAAGGAUCCAAACCAGGGGAAUCCUCUGGCGAUCAGCAGUCCUACGGCUCCCCUGGACCUUUGUGGUCAUAGCUGAGUAUUAGAAGGGUUAUUGGUAGGGGAAGGUGCUACAUGUCUCACAGCCCAGCCGCCACUAGUAUUACUGGUAUCAAGACAUUGAACUACUGUCCCUUCCCAUCUGCCAUUCAUAAGAAGACUGUUCCUUUAGCUAGACCAAGAAGUCCUGGGGAGGGGGGGUGGGCACUGAGGGGGCGAGUGGUGGUGUGGUGUCCACAGGGAGCACUUUUUAUUAUCCGGGUCUCCUUUAUCAGCAGUGCCAUACACCUGUGGCCCUGUGUGACAGUCUGGGUAACCGGGGCACCAAGGCCAUAUGUUCUAGACCAUAUGCCAUGUUUGAGCUGUGGAGGGUAUUGCUGCAUAUAAAGGGGGACAGGACUGGGGGUGGGGUUAAUCACACUUUCUGGGGGGCAGCUGCAUGAAAUGGUACUAAGUAUGUGGGCUCCUUUGGCAGUCAGGUUAUCGGUGGAGGGCACAAAAGGAUCAUAUAAGGGUCAUGUGGGGGCGGCCUGGGAUCUACCUUGGUAUACCGGUGAUGGCUGAUCGAUAGAAACAUGUUGUUAUAAUCAGGUCAGUGGGCGUUGGGUGGAUGCAGACGAUGGGGUUUGUGUGAGGUUUGGCUCUGUAAAUGGGGUGGGCUUGGACCUGGGACCACUCUGCAGGCUUGCCCCACCGAACAUCUUUAUGGGCCUCUCCAGGGUCUUGUUCAUGACAUACCCAGUGGUCUGAUAAGUUUCUAGUGUGGUCUGAGACAGUGUUUUUACAGUGUUUUAGUAAUUUUGAGCAAAAAAUUUUCUUCCCCUUUCCCCACAUUUUACUUUAUACCCUAUUACGAUCAGGGAAGACAUAAGCACCAGGACAAGAAGGGGUAUAGUUAGUUUUAUUUUUCCUUCACCUAGCAGGGACAAAAGAGGUAUAAUAGGAUAAGAGAACAGACCCAGAUCCAUCCCAUGAAAUGUUAGACUGAACUGGACCCCUUAUCCAGCAGGGACAAACCAGGUGCUUUACAGGGGGUGGGGCUGCUCCAAGCAGCAAAAUUAUGGGAGACACAGAUGUAAGAUAAGAAGGUGUUGGGGACAGUGGUCCACCAUGUUCCUUGCCUGUUUGUGGUGAUGACGGUCUUUUUUUUUUUUUUUUUUAAGAUUUAUUUAUCUAUAUGAGAGAAAGAGAGAAUGAGCAUGAGGGGCAGAGGGAGAGGGAGAGGGAAUCCCAAGCAGACUUUGCACAGAAUGCAGAGCCCUGUGCAAGGCUUGAUCUCACAACCCUGAGAUCAUGACCUGAUCCGAAACAAAGAGUUGGACACUCAACUGACUGAGUCCCUCCCCACCAAGGCACCCAAUGUCUGUCUUUUGAACGGGUAUUUAUCGAAGCUUUCAUUGGUUCCCAGGUGUAGGUGUGGUUGGCCAGUGGGUCCUAUAGAAGUUUUGGAGGGGGAUGGACAAGUUUAAUCCUGGUGAGAUGGACCCAGCAAGGUACUCCUUCCAGCUCUUUGAUGGUGGGAGUCGCCAGAAUUCCCUGGUUGGGUCCUUUCCAUUUGGGUCAGAGUUGGUCCUUUGUGAUCCCUCUUCCCAUGUCCUAAGCCCUGCUUGUCCCCAGGGCCCAACGUUUGGUUUGGGAGGACAGAGGGAUCCCCAUGGGAUCUGGCAGGAUUUUAUUGGCCACAUUGUUGUAGGGCCUGUUGAGUUUUGCUUCAGUUACCCUAGAGGGGAAAGAGGUCCCGCUGUCGCUCUGAAGCGACUUGGGCAGCCCCAGGUCUUGGAAUGAUUUCUUUUAGAAGACAUUUGCACACCUCAGUAGCCUUCUCUGUCCUUGAACAGAAAGCCUCUAUCUAACCAGUAAAAAUGUCUCCAGACACAGGAAGAUGUUUACAACCAGCCUUGGGAGGCAUCUGAGUAAAAUUAGUGCCCACGUCCUCAGAGCUUGUCUGCCGGGGACCCAGGUUCCAGCUCCAGCUGUGUUCCUGAUGCCACCUUGCCUGACCACAAGGCAUGCUUCACCCACCACAGGGCCUUUGGACUGGUUAUUUCCUUUUCCAGGAUUACUCUUCCCUCAGAGUGUCUCAUGGCUUACUCCUUUGCUUCCUCAAGCCUUUGGUCAGAUAUCAUCUUCUUGGUGAGGUUUACCUUACCCCUUCCCAUGUCCCCUUACCUUGUGCUAUUAUAAUAUCUUUUAUUCAUUGUUUUAUUUCAACCCACUUUAAUGAGAACUCUGUGCAGGCAUGGAUCUUUGUUUCCUUCAUUGAUGUACCUUAAAUCUUUUUUUAAAAAUUAAUUUAAUCUUAUUUUUUCAGUGUUCCAAGAUUCAUUGUUUAUGCACUACACCCAGUGCUCCAUGCAAUACAUACCCUCCUUAAUACCCACCACCAGGCUCACCCAACCCGCCACCUCUCCCCUCCAAACCCUCAGUUUGUUUCUCAGAAUCCACAGUCACUUAUGCUUCAUCUCCCACUCCGAUUUCUCCCAAUUCACUUUUCCUUUCUAUCUCCUAAUGUCCUCCAUGUUAUUCCUUAUGCUCCACAAGUAAGUGAAAACAUAUGAUAAUUGACUCUCUGCUUGACUUAUUUCACUCAGCAUAAUCUCUUCCAGUCCCGUCUAUGUUGAUGCAAAAGUUGGGUAUUCAUCCUUUCCGAUGGAGAAGUAAUACUCCAUUGUAUAUAUGGACCACAUCUUCUUUACCCAUUCAUCCAUUCAAGGACAUUUUGGCUCUUUCCACAGUUGGGUGAUUGUGGCCAUUGCUGCUGUGCACAUUGAGGUACAUAGUCUCUACACCUAGCAUGGAGCCCAACUCAGGGCUUGAACUCAUGACCCUGAGAUCAAGACCUGAGCUGAGAUGAAGAAUCA